AAAUUCGUAACCCUAAUGACAAACCGGCAGAAACCGGCCUAAAACACUCUCAAACUAUCUUGAACCUUAUCCAAAUUCGUAACCCUAAUGACAAACCGGCAGAAACCGGCCUAAAACACUCUCAAACUAUCUUGAACCUUAUCCAAAUUCGUAACCCUAAUGACAAACCGGCAGAAACCGGCCUAAAACACUCUCAAACUAUCUUGAACCUUAUCCAAAUUCGUAACCCUAAUGACAAACCGGCAGAAACCGGCCUAAAACACUCUCAAACUAUCUUGAACCUUAUCCAAAUUCGUAACCCUAAUGACAAACCGGCAGAAACCGGCCUAAAACACUCUCAAACUAUCUUGAACCUUAUCCAAAUUCGUAACCCUAAUGACAAACCGGCAGAAACCGGCCUAAAACACUCUCAAACUAUCUUGAACCUUAUCCAAAUUCGUAACCCUAAUGACAAACCGGCAGAAACCGGCCUAAAACACUCUCAAACUAUCUUGAACCUUAUCCAAAUUCGUAACCCUAAUGACAAACCGGCAGAAACCGGCCUAAAACACUCUCAAACUAUCUUGAACCUUAUCCAAAUUCGUAACCCUAAUGACAAACCGGCAGAAACCGGCCUAAAACACUCUCAAACUAUCUUGAACCUUAUCCAAAUUCGUAACCCUAAUGACAAACCGGCAGAAACCGGCCUAAAACACUCUCAAACUAUCUUGAACCUUAUCCAAAUUCGUAACCCUAAUGACAAACCGGCAGAAACCGGCCUAAAACACUCUCAAACUAUCUUGAACCUUAUCCAAAUUCGUAACCCUAAUGACAAACCGGCAGAAACCGGCCUAAAACACUCUCAAACUAUCUUGAACCUUAUCCAAAUUCGUAACCCUAAUGACAAACCGGCAGAAACCGGCCUAAAACACUCUCAAACUAUCUUGAACCUUAUCCAAAUUCGUAACCCUAAUGACAAACCGGCAGAAACCGGCCUAAAACACUCUCAAACUAUCUUGAACCUUAUCCAAAUUCGUAACCCUAAUGACAAACCGGCAGAAACCGGCCUAAAACACUCUCAAACUAUCUUGAACCUUAUCCAAAUUCGUAACCCUAAUGACAAACCGGCAGAAACCGGCCUAAAACACUCUCAAACUAUCUUGAACCUUAUCCAAAUUCGUAACCCUAAUGACAAACCGGCAGAAACCGGCCUAAAACACUCUCAAACUAUCUUGAACCUUAUCCAAAUUCGUAACCCUAAUGACAAACCGGCAGAAACCGGCCUAAAACACUCUCAAACUAUCUUGAACCUUAUCCAAAUUCGUAACCCUAAUGACAAACCGGCAGAAACCGGCCUAAAACACUCUCAAACUAUCUUGAACCUUAUCCAAAUUCGUAACCCUAAUGACAAACCGGCAGAAACCGGCCUAAAACACUCUCAAACUAUCUUGAACCUUAUCCAAAUUCGUAACCCUAAUGACAAACCGGCAGAAACCGGCCUAAAACACUCUCAAACUAUCUUGAACCUUAUCCAAAUUCGUAACCCUAAUGACAAACCGGCAGAAACCGGCCUAAAACACUCUCAAACUAUCUUGAACCUUAUCCAAAUUCGUAACCCUAAUGACAAACCGGCAGAAACCGGCCUAAAACACUCUCAAACUAUCUUGAACCUUAUCCAAAUUCGUAACCCUAAUGACAAACCGGCAGAAACCGGCCUAAAACACUCUCAAACUAUCUUGAACCUUAUCCAAAUUCGUAACCCUAAUGACAAACCGGCAGAAACCGGCCUAAAACACUCUCAAACUAUCUUGAACCUUAUCCAAAUUCGUAACCCUAAUGACAAACCGGCAGAAACCGGCCUAAAACACUCUCAAACUAUCUUGAACCUUAUCCAAAUUCGUAACCCUAAUGACAAACCGGCAGAAACCGGCCUAAAACACUCUCAAACUAUCUUGAACCUUAUCCAAAUUCGUAACCCUAAUGACAAACCGGCAGAAACCGGCCUAAAACACUCUCAAACUAUCUUGAACCUUAUCCAAAUUCGUAACCCUAAUGACAAACCGGCAGAAACCGGCCUAAAACACUCUCAAACUAUCUUGAACCUUAUCCAAAUUCGUAACCCUAAUGACAAACCGGCAGAAACCGGCCUAAAACACUCUCAAACUAUCUUGAACCUUAUCCAAAUUCGUAACCCUAAUGACAAACCGGCAGAAACCGGCCUAAAACACUCUCAAACUAUCUUGAACCUUAUCCAAAUUCGUAACCCUAAUGACAAACCGGCAGAAACCGGCCUAAAACACUCUCAAACUAUCUUGAACCUUAUCCAAAUUCGUAACCCUAAUGACAAACCGGCAGAAACCGGCCUAAAACACUCUCAAACUAUCUUGAACCUUAUCCAAAUUCGUAACCCUAAUGACAAACCGGCAGAAACCGGCCUAAAACACUCUCAAACUAUCUUGAACCUUAUCCAAAUUCGUAACCCUAAUGACAAACCGGCAGAAACCGGCCUAAAACACUCUCAAACUAUCUUGAACCUUAUCCAAAUUCGUAACCCUAAUGACAAACCGGCAGAAACCGGCCUAAAACACUCUCAAACUAUCUUGAACCUUAUCCAAAUUCGUAACCCUAAUGACAAACCGGCAGAAACCGGCCUAAAACACUCUCAAACUAUCUUGAACCUUAUCCAAAUUCGUAACCCUAAUGACAAACCGGCAGAAACCGGCCUAAAACACUCUCAAACUAUCUUGAACCUUAUCCAAAUUCGUAACCCUAAUGACAAACCGGCAGAAACCGGCCUAAAACACUCUCAAACUAUCUUGAACCUUAUCCAAAUUCGUAACCCUAAUGACAAACCGGCAGAAACCGGCCUAAAACACUCUCAAACUAUCUUGAACCUUAUCCAAAUUCGUAACCCUAAUGACAAACCGGCAGAAACCGGCCUAAAACACUCUCAAACUAUCUUGAACCUUAUCCAAAUUCGUAACCCUAAUGACAAACCGGCAGAAACCGGCCUAAAACACUCUCAAACUAUCUUGAACCUUAUCCAAAUUCGUAACCCUAAUGACAAACCGGCAGAAACCGGCCUAAAACACUCUCAAACUAUCUUGAACCUUAUCCAAAUUCGUAACCCUAAUGACAAACCGGCAGAAACCGGCCUAAAACACUCUCAAACUAUCUUGAACCUUAUCCAAAUUCGUAACCCUAAUGACAAACCGGCAGAAACCGGCCUAAAACACUCUCAAACUAUCUUGAACCUUAUCCAAAUUCGUAACCCUAAUGACAAACCGGCAGAAACCGGCCUAAAACACUCUCAAACUAUCUUGAACCUUAUCCAAAUUCGUAACCCUAAUGACAAACCGGCAGAAACCGGCCUAAAACACUCUCAAACUAUCUUGAACCUUAUCCAAAUUCGUAACCCUAAUGACAAACCGGCAGAAACCGGCCUAAAACACUCUCAAACUAUCUUGAACCUUAUCCAAAUUCGUAACCCUAAUGACAAACCGGCAGAAACCGGCCUAAAACACUCUCAAACUAUCUUGAACCUUAUCCAAAUUCGUAACCCUAAUGACAAACCGGCAGAAACCGGCCUAAAACACUCUCAAACUAUCUUGAACCUUAUCCAAAUUCGUAACCCUAAUGACAAACCGGCAGAAACCGGCCUAAAACACUCUCAAACUAUCUUGAACCUUAUCCAAAUUCGUAACCCUAAUGACAAACCGGCAGAAACCGGCCUAAAACACUCUCAAACUAUCUUGAACCUUAUCCAAAUUCGUAACCCUAAUGACAAACCGGCAGAAACCGGCCUAAAACACUCUCAAACUAUCUUGAACCUUAUCCAAAUUCGUAACCCUAAUGACAAACCGGCAGAAACCGGCCUAAAACACUCUCAAACUAUCUUGAACCUUAUCCAAAUUCGUAACCCUAAUGACAAACCGGCAGAAACCGGCCUAAAACACUCUCAAACUAUCUUGAACCUUAUCCAAAUUCGUAACCCUAAUGACAAACCGGCAGAAACCGGCCUAAAACACUCUCAAACUAUCUUGAACCUUAUCCAAAUUCGUAACCCUAAUGACAAACCGGCAGAAACCGGCCUAAAACACUCUCAAACUAUCUUGAACCUUAUCCAAAUUCGUAACCCUAAUGACAAACCGGCAGAAACCGGCCUAAAACACUCUCAAACUAUCUUGAACCUUAUCCAAAUUCGUAACCCUAAUGACAAACCGGCAGAAACCGGCCUAAAACACUCUCAAACUAUCUUGAACCUUAUCCAAAUUCGUAACCCUAAUGACAAACCGGCAGAAACCGGCCUAAAACACUCUCAAACUAUCUUGAACCUUAUCCAAAUUCGUAACCCUAAUGACAAACCGGCAGAAACCGGCCUAAAACACUCUCAAACUAUCUUGAACCUUAUCCAAAUUCGUAACCCUAAUGACAAACCGGCAGAAACCGGCCUAAAACACUCUCAAACUAUCUUGAACCUUAUCCAAAUUCGUAACCCUAAUGACAAACCGGCAGAAACCGGCCUAAAACACUCUCAAACUAUCUUGAACCUUAUCCAAAUUCGUAACCCUAAUGACAAACCGGCAGAAACCGGCCUAAAACACUCUCAAACUAUCUUGAACCUUAUCCAAAUUCGUAACCCUAAUGACAAACCGGCAGAAACCGGCCUAAAACACUCUCAAACUAUCUUGAACCUUAUCCAAAUUCGUAACCCUAAUGACAAACCGGCAGAAACCGGCCUAAAACACUCUCAAACUAUCUUGAACCUUAUCCAAAUUCGUAACCCUAAUGACAAACCGGCAGAAACCGGCCUAAAACACUCUCAAACUAUCUUGAACCUUAUCCAAAUUCGUAACCCUAAUGACAAACCGGCAGAAACCGGCCUAAAACACUCUCAAACUAUCUUGAACCUUAUCCAAAUUCGUAACCCUAAUGACAAACCGGCAGAAACCGGCCUAAAACACUCUCAAACUAUCUUGAACCUUAUCCAAAUUCGUAACCCUAAUGACAAACCGGCAGAAACCGGGGCCAAGCCGGGCGUUUACAGAAUUGUGUAA